GAGCAAAUGAAAGUAGGAACCGAAUAGUCUGGCAAACUAUUUAAUCUUUCUGUUUGCAUUUUUAAGUUCCUGGAGUUCUGUGAGAACAGCUUACAGAAUGCCAGGCCUCGAUUGAGAGAAAACUCACAGGCGUCAGCAGCAAACCCACUGAGAGCUGGGGUUUAGAUUGGCCUACAACUUUCCAAGUGCUGCUUUCUCUUCAGAGCUCUUCCGCCUUCUACACUUUCUGCAUCCUUGCACACUUGCUUCGAUGAACUGAACUAGUGAGAGGAUAAGAGGUUUUUACCCUCAAUAACGGCAUUAAAGACAAAACGACAAACUUUGUCUUCAGAAUGAAGACAAUCAUCUUGUUUGGUUUGGUGCUGGGAGCGCUUUCUGCUGCAGGCAAAGUUUAUAUCGCAGGGGUUGGGGACACAGUCACCCUAGAGUGUGGCGUCAACAGCUUCAAAACUAGGCUGGAAUGGUCUCAUGAUGAGCUUAUACUCAGAUUCCAGACAAAUAGCCUUCCUACCAAAGGAUCAAGUGCAAUUAAAUUGAGGGCAAAGAAAAAAGGAGAGACAGGCAUGGAGAUCUCCAAUGUAAUGGAAAGCGAUUCUGGAAAGUUUACUUGUGCUGCAGAUGGUUCAGUUCAUGAACACCAUCUGAUCGUAGUUUCGGUCUCUGUUGUUCCCUCUGAGACUGUAAAGGUCGGCGCUGACGCUGCUCUGGAGUGUAAAACAAAUUCUGGAGUGUCAGGUCAACUCAAACCUAUAAUCGAGUGGCGGAAACCCGAUGGUUCAGUUCAGCCCAAACCCAAAGUUGAGCUCAUACCUGUUGCUUUAUCAGAUAAAGGGGCUUGGGAGUGUAUAGUGUCCCAUCAAGGGGAGUAUUUUACUAAAACUGUAACCAUGAAUGUAGAAGUGGUUCCAACAACUCCUACAUUAAUCAAAAACCCCAAAUCCUCAGAUAAAGGAAAUGGGAAGAACUCCACUGCCGUCGGAGGAUCUGGUCACCCAAUACAGCUGCUGGGCCUGGUUUGGUGGAUUUGGGCUGCAAUCGGAGCUGGAGGCCUGGUAGUCAUCAUCCUGAUCAUCGUCAUCAUCGUCAUGCACAAGAGGAACAAAAGAAAGAAGAAGAAAUUUCUGAGGAUGAAGAAAACCCAACUGUCUCAGAAACCAAAGAAGUACUGCCAGUGUGUGCGCCAAACAGCUGCAGCAAAGCCGCAGCAAGGACGCCGGAGAGAGAAGCCGCCAGCCCUGCCGCGUCAACCUCUGCUGCGGGAGUGACAUGAAAGAGGGAGGAAGGAGAGAUAAAGAGAGAGAGAGAGAGAGAUGGAGAUAAAGAGGAGUGAACAGCAGAGGGUGAAUGCGGCACGAAUGUAAAUGAGCGUCUGAAUGAAAGUAUAAUCAAAUGUAAUGCUGUCAGCACUUUGAGCUUUUUCAGCAAAUACUGUAUAGGAGGUGAUCAUUGUAAUUUUAGCUUUAACAUGUAUUUUUUUAAUCUUCUUAGCUGUCAUGCUAACGUUAUCAUCUUUGCUAAAAUGAGCAAAUUUGAGCUCUUUUUGAUAUAAAAGCGCAAGCUAAUUGAUUUAAAGCUGCAGUAUUCAACUUUUAUUUAAAAAUAAAAAGGUUUUACCUGUUUAGACUAUAACCAUGUCGUAACAAGAUGAAAUAAUCGCUGAUAAGAUUGAUAUUCUCCAUCCCCUUCCUGGACUAAUAUUGCAAUCUGAAGAAAUGCACCAUACCUGACCAAAAAUAACCAAUCAGAGCCAAGAGGAGGGUCUCAGCGAUGUCAAUCAUUCUCAUGUACUCAAUGUGCUGAAAGGGGAGAAACAACUUUACGUUACAGGAAAACCGUUUAUACGGCAUCAUCAGUGGCUAUGCUAACUAGCCUCGCAUUCACAACAGGCUUUGCUAACUGCAGUACAGCAGAAAGCAAGGGGAGGUGAGCAGUGUCACAUGGAGGAUGAUUGACAGCACUAAGACCCGCCUCCUGGCUCUGAUUGGUUGUUUCUACAUAUCAGUAGGAGGAGGCAAAAGAUAUAUAUAUAUAUAUAUAUAUAUAUAUAUAUAUAUAUAUUUUUUUUUAAUAGAUUUUCAGUCUCAUACUGUCACAACAUUGUGACAGUUUCAACAAAUAUGUUAAAUAUAUUUUUUAUGAGUUACAUUCUGCUGCUGGAAAGUUAAGACCUUUCCAACCUUAAUCGUUUUUGUUUCUGUUUCCUCCACCUUAAGAAGUUACAAGAUAAACCUGUGAAUAUUUCUUUAUUAAUGCUUCAAGGUAACAUAUUUUAUCAUUUGAUAUGUGCUUGUUCAUUUGUAAACUUAUUGCCCUUUCUUAUUGCUGGUUGUAAAUAAAGAUAUUGAAGAUUUGCUUCAAA